UCAAAGCCAGCCAGUCCCUUAGCUCCAACCCCUUCACCGGUCAAGCCACAAGUCACUGAUAUUGCAGUGGUCUGAGUCGAAAAACGCUUCUAGGCCCGAAUGUGCGGCCUCAGACCCGCGCACAUACGCUCAGAGCAGCGAGCAACAGAAGAGUGCUGAAAACAGUUUGGGAUGCCCUAGGAUCAUGCUAAUGAGCCUUCUUGAGCUAGCAUCUGGCGUCGUCGUUGUGAAUAUGAGCAGCACCGUAUUUCAUGAGGUAGCUUCAAGCCUUGGUCUCUCCGGCACUUAGUACCCUUCAAGUCUCUAUAAGUUGUUCGACGGCAUUGUACUCUUGCAGUUGCGGAAGGACUUUGGAAUAGCCAACAGAACGUCCAUCGAGAUGGCGCUGCGUAUAGCUAUCGCACAAGUAGCACUUACACACGUGGCUCGCUCGUAUUUCGUUGCCCUCCCUGAUCCCACCGCAUUCGCUGCGGAUGAGCCUGACUUUAACGGCUGGACACCAUUACCAACACAAGCGCCCUUCGCAGAGGAAGGCGGGCUAAUCGACCGUUUCGAGCUCUUCGGCCGCCAGAUUGCUGCCCAGACAUGUGGCUAUGUAAACGGCAAUGGCUCUCGUCCGGUCACCUGCGCAGUCGGUUAUGGCUGUGGGUACGACACUUCAUACAACUAUGGACCAGUCUGUUGUCCUACCAACUCCGCCGGCAGCUUCACCACGUACUGUCCGCCAGCGACGGCGUGUAUUGAUUAUGCCAACCCAGCGAAUACCUAUUACGUAGCGACGCUUUUCAGCAGCGAGCUGUGGUGGUAAGGCAAGGCUCUACAAGCGUGC